AGAAACUCCUCUCCGAACAAAAUUCCGGCGAGAAGUUCCGUUUCAACAGAAAUGCUGGAUUCUUCGAUUGAGGAUGCCGGUGAAGCGGGGUCUCGAGAGGCGGAAAUUUGCUCGCCGGAAAGACUGCAUGCCAUCAGCGGAAUUGACACCUGUACUACUUCCCGAUUCUGGCUUCCCACUACCGGUUGCACCUCAGAGAUAGUGGAAGAGGAAGCGCCUGAGGUCACGCCGCCGGCUUACAGGGACGAGUCGAACGACGUCUACGUGGCGGUCGGGAGGAAGAACUCAAGCCUCGACGCCCUCCAGUGGGCCUUGACGGAGAUCGUGAUCCCGGGAACCUCCGUCUUUCUCGUCCAUAUCUUUCCCCCAGUUACAGUGAUUCCCACGCCCUUGGGAAACAUUAGCCGAAACCACGUGGCGCCUGCACAGGUGGAGGCCUUCAUGAAGGAGGAGGAGAACAAGAGGGAAGCAUUGAUCCGCAAAUAUAUAAAUCUCUGCAAUAUGUAUGAGGUGAGAGCAGAGACUGUGGUUGUAGAGAGUGACAUGGUUGCUGAAACCAUUGUGCAACUCCUUGAAAUUGGCAUGAUCAAAAGGCUGGUCAUGGGGACAAGAAGGUCGCGCCUUAGAAGGAAGGGAAAUGGGAAGGCAGAGUAUGUGCAGAAGAAUGCUCCAAAUGAUUGCCAAAUAAGGAUCAUAUGCGAUGGAAAAGAAGUUGUUGCUAAUGCUGAUCAAACACCAAUAUCUCCAGUUACCCCCUCUGCUCCUCCUCUUCCUCCUACUACUACUACCACUACCAGUAAAGAUGGAGAUGAUGAAGAUGAGCCUCAAGAUGAGAAAAGCAACAAACAGUCAGAAUACUGCAAGUGCUUUCCCAGUUUGAUCUAGUUUAUGUCUUCGCAUAAAGAGCCUUAGGCCCUUAUCAGGUGGUAACAGGUCAAGAGUUUAAUACCCAGAAUUUUUUUUUUUGUUGGCGUAAUCUGAGUCAGGCCAUUCAGCCUAAAAAAGAAAACAGAAAGAGAG